UCUUGGAUCCUGACGGAGGAUUCCAACCACCGAGGUCAGUCACCGUGAAGCAUCCCAAGUACAUGUGCGCCGAAGCAAAGCCGAGGCCGGAUCUUGGCAGGAGAAGACCGAUCCUCCCCGCUCCGACCGAGUCCCGAACUAAACCACGAUAGUUACCACGAUUGCCGGCAAAGCCGUUGCAAUUGCUCUACCAACUCCCUACCACUUGCUAUUUUCUCCCUAUCAAUCCAAGUGACAGAAUUCACAAACUGAGCCAUCGCCAUGGCAUCCUCGAAUGCUGCGGACCAGUCCGCCACCACGAGCAAGAAUUUCAUCAUCAAGCACAUGAACGCCGACCACCAAAAGUCCCUGGCGAUGUACCUGCGAGUCUACUGCCACGUCUCUGCAUCCGAAGCCAAAUCCGCUCGCCUCGAAGACAUCAGCCUGUCCGAUCUACUCCUCAGCGCCCAAGGCACGCGCUACACCGUGCCGCUGGAUCCGCCCAUGGCCUCGUUCUCCGAGACCCGGGGCCGAGUCGUGGCCAUGCACAAAGAGUGUCUGCAGAAACUGGGAAUCUCGGACAUUACGAUCAACGAGUAUCGCGCGCCGCGGGGUGUCGGGGCAGUGGGAUUCGCCGUGUGUCUGGCUGCGAUCGUGGGAUUUUGUCGGCGCGACAACUUCGUGCCCGGGUCGCUGGUCUACGAGACGAUCGGACUGGACAGUUUCCCCGCGAUGUCCCAGUUGUGCUACAAGGUGCAGCCCCUGGUGUUCUCCUUUCUUGUGGGAGCGCAUGUCAUUGAGGCGACUCUGUUGGCGAUCAAGCGAUUGAAGCCGCACGGGGUGCCCUUCUUGUCGGCGGCGUGGAUCGGGUGGGUGCUGUCCACGCUGGUGGAGGGAUUUGGGGCAUGGAUGCGGUUUGACGCGAUGGUUAAGGAGAAGCGAGGGAAGGAGCACAGUCAGUAAAGGUAGUGAUGAGAAGUCGAUACUGUAGUAUUAACUAGUGGAUAAUAAGAAGAAUGACAAGAUGACUAAAACAGAAAGGAAUAGAGAUGAGUCAGCAAUGCCAAGGCCCCGAGGCGAA